GCUGAAGAUGUGUGAGGACGGUAAUGUCGUAGGUGAACGUGUGGUUAUAGACACGUACGAGUCAUCUGGGUACAGAAAUGAUGGCGGCAGUAUCAACUGUUUCUGUACGGCAACACUGGGGGGACUUUCCGACGGGGCGUCGACAACCGUUGAUUUUGGACCUGUCAAGACGUUAUACCCUCCGUCUGGAUGUGGAAGUGUUAUUACUCUGACUCCACAGCUACAGGGUUUAUCAAUGCCACCAAAUAUUUACUUAUGUAGUGUUGCCAAUAUAACAUUUAACAGUGUUAGGAACAGCGACACAUUAACUGUUGUAUGGGAUUCCGGACUCAGUGGGAGUACGUCAGGCUAUUGUCUUACGUUUGAAGCAGGUACAGGGUCAUCCUUGUCUCUCAAAUGCAAUCCAGCGUUAUCAACAUCAAGUACAAUGAUGGUGACGACAGAACUGUUAAAUACCACAACAACCACCCUCACGCCAUCUACCCCUGGAUCUUCUGCUACAUCGCCGACAACGCCGACAAGAACAACGUCAACAACACCUGAUGAUGUCACAACAAUUGAUGAUGUCACAUCUGGACGUUGUAGAUGUGAUGAACCUGAUUUCCCCUUAGCCGCCGUUAUUGUCCCAAUAGUGGUGUCCGUACUGGUGGUGGCUUUGGGUACGGCAUUAAAUAUAAUUCUCUAUAGACGGCGUCUUACGUUAACGAAUGAACCGAAAUCUGGUACACAUGGGAUGACCUCAACAGACCCUGUCCACUACGAUAGCCUUGACCAGUCACGUGUUGAACUGCCUAAUACGUACGAGGAAAUAUCUACCAGACAAGCAUACGUCAAUAUGGCAUCUCGCUAGUGUUUCAAAGCUUGCGGGUCAUGCUGAAUUCUUCGUCAAAGGGUUCUAAACGUUUACAUGAUUACACAUUUCACACCUGUGUAAGCGAAGUUGUUCCUUUGAAAGGACUUCUGGUACAAUAGUUGCAUUUACAAGAAAAUGUCAAAUGUAUUUGAAUGUUUGAGCACAGACACUAGCAUAUUGGCAAGACAAUUUUAUAUCCAAUAUGAUUAAUUGGACCUGUAUGAACAGAAGGAAUUUUUUUCAUUGAAAAUCCUAUGUGGUUAUUGUACUGCAUCUAAGUAGAUGCAUGUCUAUUACACAGCAAUCAUUGUGCUUAUGUUUAGAUGAAUGGUCAAUGUGUUUAUACACAUUAUCUAUUACCCACAUAAUUCGUACAUAAUAGUCCAUCAUUAAACUUGCAUCAAUGGUAUGAAUAUCAUUAAUAUUAUGUUUCCCCCCGUAGAAUCUACAUUCUAAAAUAUCUCCCUUUACUUGUUCAGGCAGAUACCACUGCAAAUUUAAUAAACAUGAACAUAUGCGUUUUGAAUAAUUUGGUAAGGACUAACAUAGGCUUAUCCAUUUGACAUAUUAAAAGUCAAUAGAUUUUUUUUUAAAUUGAAAUGCACAUAUGUCUCUAAUCGGAAAUUCUAAAACAAAUACAUUUAGAAAUUUUAUUCUGGUUUGUGAACAUAAAUAUCUUUCCUGCUUUAAAGAACUAGGCUUCAUUGACAUCCAGUAUAACCGUACAUACAAUUUGUCCGGUUUUCCUUAAAAACGAAACGCUGUCCGAUCAUUAAGUAUUUUGAUAUUUCAAAAUACGGGAUAGUGAUAAGGAUGCGGAUCUACCUCGUUUUAUUGGAUUUCUAAUCUUCAUAAGGAUCCUUAUAAGCACCUUUCUGUUUCUGUUUCGAAUUGUUGUUCAAGUUUAUUUAAAACUUCUUACUACCAUAAUAAUUACCAGUAAGUCGGGACAACAGUCGUAUAUAGGGAUACUGUUUACUCCAGAAGAGGAACUUAUGGAAGGUUUAUUU